CGGUGGUUGACACAGUGACAAUGUAUUUAUGGUAUACCUGCUGCUCGGUUUGAAUGACCAAGGACCGGCUUGCGACGCCCGACGCGCUCGAAGACUUUGUCCUCUCUGGCUGGAGCAACGAUGACGAGACGCUCGGUCUCGCAUCCACGUGGCCACAGCGACAGAGGCACAAGCCCAAACCGGCGCCACCGCCCGUGCGCACGGACGACGCACCGCCGUCACCGCCGCGCAUCUCGAGCCUCGUGGACGCCGGUCGGCUUCACAUGUACAAGCUCGCCGUGCCGAGGAUAUACAGCAACGCGAAUGCUGGCGCGCGCAACCCGAGUGGAUGGUCGCCCGCCGACGGGGACUGGACCACGUACAUUGCCAAAGUCGAUUUUGGUGCCGAUACGAUCCCAGACGAAGUGGUGCCCAGCACCGAUCCGCUGCAGCCGAGCUGUCUGUCCAAGAAUGCGGCGCCAAUCAAGCCCGUCAAGUCGAGCAAGAAGACGCUUCAGGAGCUGCACCCUGGUCUGAACCGCGUCUGGCCCUACUCGUAGCCCACAGCAUGCUCGAUGUUUAACUUAUUGUGCGUAUAUUCGGAGGCAAUCGACGUCUUCUGUGCUCGACUGCGUCACUGUAGCAGCAGUAUCGCAGCGCUUUCUUC